AUGGACAGCUCCGGGAGGUGCAAGUUACCCACUGGCAUCACGUAUCCAAUUCAAGAACCAAUGGGACAAAUACCAUUUUACCAGCCUCCAGUUGAAGUAAUUGACAACGUUGUUCCACUCGAGGAGCCAAUGUGGUAUCCCCCUGAAGUUCCAAUAGGUGAGAUGGAAUAUGCUCCUCCACUUGCACCAUUCUAUGGAUACCCUUUUCGAGAACUAAUGGGACAAUUACCACUUGGAGGUCUAUCAACUUACACGGCACCAAUUGAAACGCUUGCUGCAUUGAACUCCGUUGUCCAGCCUUUGAUAGCUCCCACUUUGCCGGGUCAAAUGGGUUACCUUCCUUUAGCGGGAUAUCCACCCAUGUGGAAUCCGCAUGCUUAUCCUUAUUUGGCUCCAAAUUGGUAUCCUCCUCAAGGGCAAAUGCUUUAUCCCGGAGGUCCAAUAGGCUACAGUGGUACGCAACCUUCCCUUGCCGGUUCUACAACUGGUAACACGAAUUCUGUAACCAGCAGUCCAUACUAUGGAGUGCUUUAA